AUGGCCUCUGGAAACGAGAAGAAGGCUGCGCCUGCGACGAAGGACUCGCCCUCUACAAAAUCUUCCAAGAUGCAUAGACGAUCGAGGUCAGGUUGCUUCACAUGUCGUCUGAGACGCAAGAAGUGUGAUGAAGGAAAGCCAAAGUGCAAGGCAUGUAGAAACUUGGGCCUUGACUGCGAGUACAAGCGGCCCCAUUGGUGGAGCAACAAUGAGACUCGCAGGAAGCAAAAAGAGCACAUCAAAACAAUCAUCAAAAGAACAAAGACAACCGAGAAGAGUGCGAGUACUCAAAGUCAAUAUGCUCUGAACAAUGCCGCUCAAUCUUACUCAGAAGAUUCCCAAGACGAAUACGACCCUACCUUUGACCCAUCCUUUGCGACCACUCCAAGCCUCUUCGACCCUUAUGGUCCCAACAUCUACAUGCCUCCCGACCCAUAUGGGCAAGCAAUCCCCUGGGAGGUGGACGUCAAGACGGAGCGCCACACCUAUGUCAAUGACGAGCUCACUCGCCGAGACUCGUCGAUAUCAACCUUUAGCACCUUCUACCCUCCCCCUGCGCAUGCGACUUUGCCGUCUUAUACCGGAGACGACUGGGUACAGCAAGACAUCUUUGAGAGCCGACAGGACUCUUGGACCGAGGGCGAUUUCGACUUCAACAGCUUUGACAUGCCCCACGUUGCGCAUCAAUUCGAACCUCAAUGCUCCAUGGUUCAACUCGAAGAUUGCGAUCGGCCACUCUUCGAACACUUGCUCCAAAACGUCCUGCCGCUGCUGUUUCCCGUUCUCGAAGCCUACCAACACGGCUCGGUCCGCUCGAAUGUAAUACUGCCUUCUCUGGAAAACAACAAGGCAUAUCUACAUUCCUGCCUUCUAGCCGCCGCUACUCACAUGAAGGGCAACAGGCAGUUCUCGAGCGUCACGGCGGAUGACGACGCGAUGCGCCACAAGCUUGCCUUUGUGACGAUAGUCGUCGAUGCUCUCAAUAGUGACAGUCAGCACAGCGAAAUGCUCGAUGCUCUACUCGGGAUGAUUUCGAUGCAGGGCUGUGUCGGCUCAGCCCUGGAGCUAGAAAAGGAAUUGAUUCCCUGGCACCAGCAUUUCCAGGCCGCCGCAGACAUUGUGCAGAAGCUCAACCUUCCGCAGAGCUUGGAGAGCAACGCCCAGACGGGAGGCCAUCCACCGUUCAACAUGAGUCUAACCGCGUGGAUCGACAUCCUCGGUGCAACGAUGCUCGGCAAGGCGCCCCGAUUCUCCCAUACCUACAGGAACAUGUUCUUCGCCGGCGCGUCGACGGGACUGGAGAAAUUGAUGGGCUGCAACGACUACGUCAUGUACCUCCUGUCGGAAGUUGCUUGUCUCGACUCGCUCAAGAUUGAAGGCAAAUUGGACGACUACGGAAUGUGCAGCCACAUAACCUCGCUGGCCGGAGCUCUGGACACGAUCGAACCGCAGGAAGUCUUGCAGCUCCCUUUCAACAAGGCCGGCGUCCUUCGACCGAAGCAGCUGACUAAGAACAUCACCGCUAUUUUCCGCAAAGCUGCCCGCGUCUACCUGUGCUCGCUUGUCCCCGAAUAUAACCGCUACCAGACCGCCACCGUCAACCUGAUCUCGCAAAUGACCGACCUUCUCCAGUAUAUCCCCCCUGGUCCCACCGGAUUCGACCGAUGCCUUGUCUGGCCCAUGCUCAUCUGCGGCGUGAACUCGAUCCCGGCCUCUACAUUCCGCCGCGUCCUCUCACAGCGAUGUGACCUGCUCGGUGAAGCUGCCGACCACGGAUCUUUUGGACGAAUGGUGCGCCUGUUGCAUGAAGUCUGGAGACGCAACGACGACGUGGUAGUUUCUGCUGGAGUCUGUGAAGCCACUCCUGUGACGGCAGGGAGCCCUGGAGGAUCGAUCUCGACGCCAAUUGCCGCAGCCGCCGCAGCCACCGGAGCCGGAAACUCAGCAGGGGCCCCUUCUUCUUCUUCUUCUUCGACGACGACGACAACAACGACAGUACCGAGGAACCAGAGCGUCCACUGGCGGGACGUGAUGCAGGAAAACAAAUGGGAUUUCCUUCUGAUAUGA